AUGGCUGUGCGCAUGCACUCCGCUCUCCUUCUGAUCCCUCUUAUCGCCUUCGGCCGCGAGGUGGAGGAGCUCGACCUCUUGCAGAUCACAAGCUCAAAGACUGACAUCGAGGUGGAGGCCCGGAAAGGUGACGACGACCGCAAGAGCCGUCCCAGGCGCCAGCAUUGGCCUGACGACUGGUCCGAGUGGUCCGACGAAUUGAUGGAUGCAGUCAAUCAGACCAGCAUGGAGGCGAGCCAUGAUGAGAUGCACAGCAAGCUGAGCAAGCUCCAGGCGACAGCGAAUGCUACUCAGGAAGAUGUCGCUGACGUACUGCGUCUUGCCAAGGAGACGAAUGACCUCCUCAAGAGCACCCAGGGCAGCAGCGGUGGCAGCAGCGGCGGCAGCAGCGGCGGCAGCAGCGGCGGCAGCUCCGGAAACAACAAAGCCAGGGACGUGCUCAUCAUCCACGAGCAAGGAUCGGACACCUUUGACACUUUCGGGGCCCUGAUUGCCUCGAGCGGCGGCAGGGUUUACAAGAAGCUCUUGGACGAGCUGGUUCCGGAAGAUAUGCGCAGCAUGAGCAUUGUCAUGCUGGAUGUGAAGGCUGCCACUUCGAACGAGUCCGACGCUUCUCUUGUUGCAGAUUGGUACAACGAGGACACAGGCGCCGUCCUGGUUGUUUUGGUGGAAGUCGGCGCGAGCUUGAGCAUCGUCGAAGAGGCGAACGCAUUCUUGGCCAGUCUGUCUCCAGCCACCAACAUCCGAGUCAGCGAUGAGAGUUUCGGACCACGGUCAUGCAGCACUGCAGAUGUCGUUGCUUUUGGAGAUCCCUUCUUCCAAGUUCCUCUGCCUCCCGCCGGUAUUACUUCCACCGCCGCCUACAAGGUGACCGGAGAAGGCCGGGCACUUCUCAACAUUGAAGGCAAUACCAUAGCGCGAUUGGACAACUACGACCGACUUCUCGUGAUCGGGACUGAUGACCUGCUGAGUGACAACUGCUUUGGAACCUGGACAACAGGAAAUGAUGCUUUUGUCAACAACUUGCUGGCAAUUCCAUCGGACACGGCGGCAGAAGAGGCUGGAGCCAGCGCAUGA